AUGGAUGAAAGGAGGACGAUUUUGAUGGACCGUUAUGAAAUCGGGAGGCACUUAGGGCAAGGGAACUUUGCCAAGGUAUAUUAUGGUCGGAAUCUUGCAACUGGGCAGGCUGUUGCGAUAAAGAUGAUCGAUAAGGAGAAGGUUUCGAGGAUUGGCCUAAUUGUGCAGAUAAAGAGGGAGAUCUCAAUAAUGGGAUUGGUAAGGCAUCCCAACGUGUUGAAGCUUUUCGAGGUAAUGGCUAGCAAGAGCAAGAUUUACUUUGUUUUGGAAUAUGCCAAAGGCGGCGAGCUUUUCAACAAAAUAACCAAGGGAAAGUUAAGCGAGGAUGCUGCGAGGAGAUACUUCCAUCAGCUCAUCAGUGCCGUGGACUACUGCCAUAGCCGAGGUGUUUAUCAUCGCGACUUGAAGCCGGAGAACCUACUCCUGGAUGAGAAUGAAAACCUUAAAGUCUCUGAUUUCGGGCUAAGUGCCCUGGCCGAGUCCACGAGACAAGAUGGCCUCCUCCAUACCACCUGUGGAACUCCAGCUUAUGUUGCCCCUGAAGUGCUUAGCAGGAGAGGCUAUGACGGUGCGAAGGCUGACAUAUGGUCCUGUGGAGUAAUUCUAUUUGUGCUGGUGGCUGGUUUCCUUCCUUUCCACGACACAAAUCUUAUAGAGAUGUAUAGGAAGAUCUCCAGGGCUGAAUAUAGAUGCCCUCGCCCUUUUUCUGUUGAGCUAAAGGAUCUACUGUAUAAGAUUCUUGAUCCAGACCCAAGCACUAGGGCUUCUGUUUCAAGGAUAAAGAGAAGCGCUUGGUACAGGAAACCCGUUGAUGUAAAUGGACUGAAGAUUAAACAAGAAACAAGAGAUAAGGUUCAGAAAGGUGAACCCACAACCUCUGAAUCAACAGAAGGCAUCAAUGCAAAGGUUAACCAAGAAGCGUCAUCAAGCCUCACAAACUUGAAUGCCUUUGACAUAAUUUCUCUCUCAACUGGGUUUGACCUAUCCAAUUUGUUCGAGGAGAAGUAUGGCCGGAGGGAGGUCAGAUUUACCACUAGGCAGCCAGCAGAGGCUAUAUUUGCCAAGCUGAAUGAAGUGGCCAAGAAAUUGAAGCUCAAAAUCAAGAAGAAAGAAAACGGUGUCUUGAAAUUGGCAGCACCAAAGGAAGGAAUGAAGGGCAUUCUUGAGUUUGAUGCAGAGGUUUUUGAGUUUGCGCCUUCUUUGCAUUUAGUUGAAUUAAAGAAAACCAAUGGAGACACUAUAGAGUAUAAACAACUGAUGAAAGAUGAGAUAAGGCCCGCACUUAAGGAUGUGGUUUGGGCGUGGCAAGGCGAGUCGCACCCGCUCCCUGAGAAAUUUAUCCGAGGAGAGCAGCAGCAGUCACCUUUGCCAUCACUGCAGCAGCAAUCACCUUUGUCAUCGCAGCAGCAGCAAUCACCUUUGCCAUUGCAGCAGCACCAGCAAUCACCUUUGCCAUCGCAGCAGCCACAGGAGUAA